AAUAUUGUGCUGAAAGUGAGAGAAAAUGGCAACGAGAGAGUCCCGUUGUAAUAUCCCAAAUAGAAAUAUGGGCGAUACGAGUGGUCGAAUAAAGGAAAGAGUAAACUUCUAGGCGAAGGAAGCGAUUGCUUUCAGGGGUUCGGUCUUCUUCCUUCGUCUCUCUCUCUCUCUCUCUCUCUCUCUCUCUCUGAUUGAUUGUUUCGCUCAGAAGUACAGUUGGAUUUUGAGAGUUCCGGGAGAGGAGAGCAGAGAUCAAAGAAAAUGGGUCUGCUGUCGAACAAGAUCGAGAGGGACAAACUGAAACCUGGGGAUCACAUCUACUCCUGGAGGCACGCCUAUCUCUACUCCCACCACGGGAUAUAUGUCAGCGAUGGAAAUGUUAUACACUUUACACGGGGUGGAGGCCAGGAAAUUGGAACAGGAACCGUGCUAGACCGCAUCCUUGUGAGCUCAUCACCUGCGCAUGCUGGGGAUAAUCCAUGUCCAAAAUGUGGUGAUCAAUCAAGGCUUGAUGGAGUCAUCUCUUCUUGUAUAGAUUGUUUUCUUUCAGGUGGAGAACUCUACCUCUUUGAAUAUGGUGUCACACCAGUUCUCUUUCUUGCCAAACCUCGUGGAGGUACCUGCACUCUUGCUGUGCCUGACCCACCGGAAGACGUUAUUCACCGUGCUACGUAUCUCCUCCAAAAUGGCUUUGGUGUCUAUCAUAUUUUCAAGAACAACUGCGAGGACUUUGCAAUAUAUUGCAAAACAGGUUUGCUUGUGUUCACUAGCAUCAGUGUGGGCCGGAGUGGGCAGGCAGCAUCCUUUCUUGCUGCUUCUAGUGCUAUCCUUUCUUCACCGCUUCGAUUUCUUACUACCAGUUUUAGCGGUCUGGCCGCCGUAGGCUAUGGCAUGUAUUGUAUGAGCCGUUUGAUCUCUGAUAUCGGAGUACGCCGUGAUGUCAAAAAAGUUCCAGUGGAGAGACUUGUUUCCUGCUCUACCUCUGCCUCUACCUCUGUCUCUGUCUCUGCCUCUGCCUCUGCCUCUGCCUCUGCCUCUGAAGUACACAAGCCAGAAGCCGUGACUGAGAUGCCAAAGGAGGAGGAAAAACCCGCCGCAGGCUAUGGCAUGUAUUGUAUCAGCCGUUUGAUAUCUGAUAUCGGAGUACGCCGUGAUGUCAAAAAAGUUCCAAUGGAGAGACUUGUUUCCUCUACCUCUGCCUCUGCUUUUGCCUCUGAAGUACACAAGCCAGAAGCCGUGACUGAGAUGCCAAAGGAGGAGGAAAAACCUUUUGACAUGGACAGGAAUUCUGUGGGUUGCAAGGAUGUUGUACCAAUUUGAUUAUUGUAAUUUAUAGGGGACAACAUAGGAUUGUUUGCUUUUGCUUGCCAUUGUUAAAUGUAGUCAUGCUAAGUAUGUAAAACCAUUUGAUACACAAUUGAUAUUUUUUUUAUAUCUAAGUUGCCACGUUGUGGAUGUCAUUUGUUUGGAAAGUA